AUGAUCGAAUUUUCAAUCAAUGGAUGCAUUGUUGGUUUUCACAAUAUGCACGACGUGAAGAAUCUUUUGUUGAGAAAUCGGGACAUUGCGAAUCGGUAUCUACAGGAUGUGCUUUCAAAACUUUUAUGCGUGUGCGAUUUAAUCAACAAGUCUAUCGAGGGGAAGAACAUUGUGGAUCGGGAGAUGGUACAAGUAUACAAUCAAUCAUCAUUAGAAAUUGGAGAUCUCUGCUUAGAAAUUGCAAAAUUGGAAGAGCAUUUACUCAACAUUUCAAAAUUGGAAACAAACUUUCGCACAAUCCUGGAUGGUGUACACGAGGUGGAAGUCGAUCUUGGUCGUAUGAUGGUGGCUGCAGAAGGAGCACUUAUUUGA